UUUCUUAUGUUGACACGUUUUCUGUUAUUGGAAGUCAUGUGUCUCUAUAGCCUUUGACAUGCAAAUUCAUGAAUAAAACCUGGCUAUAAAGAGAGACUGAUCUGUGGUAGACUCUACUCGGUGAUCUAGCUUCAGUUGUAUACAGUUGAGAGGAAUAUUCAAGAAUGAAGAUCUUAAUAGUCCUAACAUUACUUGGCCUGGCUUGUGCUAGAGGAGUGCCAAAGUAUGCAUUUGUGGAGGAAUGGCAACUGUGGAAGUCGUCUCAUGAGAGGGACUACACUACCGACAGAGAGGAGCUUGAGAAGCAUUUAGUGUGGCUGUCUAACCGAGAGUACAUUCAACAACACAAUGCCAACUCGGAAAUCUUUGGCUUCACUCUCGCUAUGAAUCACUAUGGAGACAUGACUGACAUGGAGUACAUGGAGAAGUUUGCGACUUACAAGAGAACCAAGCAUACAAACAGUAAAGAGUAUAAGCCAGUUAAAGGCGAUGACACCAGUGGCUACCCAGUAUCCAUGGACUGGCGAACAAAGGGAGCUGUCACAUCAGUCAAAAGCCAAGGAGAUUGUGGUGCAAGUUACGCCUUCAGUACUAUCGGUGCUGUUGAAGGAGCUUGGGCUCUGGCUCAUGGAAAACAAGUGGCCCUCAGUGUACAAAACAUUGUGGAUUGCUCUGUUUCGUACGGGAACCAUGGCUGUCAGGGUGGGAACAUGUAUGAUACUUACAUGUACAUUCUGGCUAACGAAGGCGUAGCCACACAGGACAAAUAUCCGUUCUAUGGAAGACAAGGGCAGUGCAAGUACGAUUCAUCCCUUUAUGGAGCCAAGAUCUCCGGUAGUGUGACCAUCAGCAGUGGCAAUGAAGCUAACCUCCAGGCUGCAGUGGCUAGUACUGGUCCCGUGGCAGUGGCAGUCGAUGGAAGCAACAAAGCAUUUAGAUAUUACAACAGUGGAGUGUACAAUCUCCCUGGGUGCUCCAGUUACUCUCUAGACACUGCUCUACUGAUUAUUGGCUAUGGAACGGUUAAUGAUGUUGACUACUGGCUCCUCAAGAACAGCUGGGGCACUAACUGGGGAAUGAGUGGCUACAUCAUGAUGUCCAGGAACAAAUACAACCAGUGUGGUAUAGCCACUGAUGCCUCAUUCCCAACUCUUUAGACAACUUUAACUCUAUAGGCAGUAGAUUUUGCAUACACACGUGUCCCUAUUCGUUUAAUUUGUGUGAUUUAGUUCUAUUUAUGACUAUACAAUCUGUUCAAUUGUUAGUGCAGUCUGUUUAAUUGUGUGUCCACCUUGUACGUCUGCAUUCAGAGAAUUCUUGUUCUUCAUUACCUUCAUGAAUGUCUA